GAGGGGGGGCGGAGCUUGUCCCUCCUCGGCUUCCGUAGAAGCGGCCAAACAUGGCGGAGUAUUCUUCUGUCAGAAGAACCAAGCUGGUUCUGAAGGGGACGAAAUCGAAAAGUAAGAAGAAAAACAAAGAUAAAAAACGGAGAAGAGAUGAAGAUGCUGAGGAUAAACUUGAUAUUGUUGAAGGGUGGUGGACUGUAUCAAAUUUUGGUGAAAUCACAGGAACCGUAGCGAUAGAGAUGGGUCUUGGAACCUAUAUCAGUGCUCUUGACAAUGGCCUUUUUACCCUUGGAGCACCACAUAAAGAUGAAGGGCCAUACCCUCCUGAACAAUUUACUGCCGUCAAACUUUCAGAUUCAAGAAUUGCAUUGAAAUCUGGCUAUGGUAAAUACCUUGGCAUUAACUCAGAUGGUCUGGUUAUUGGACGUUCUGAUGCAAUAGGUUCAAGGGAGCAAUGGGAGCCAGUGUUUCAAGAGGGGAAAAUGGCGCUGUUAGCAGCAAACAGCUGCUUUAUCAGCUGUAAUGAAGAAGGCGAUAUUGUAGCCAAAAGUAAAACUGCAGAUAACGAGGAAAUGAUUAAGAUCAGGACGUGUGCUGAAAAGGAAGCCAAGCAAAAGGAUGACAUUGCGGAAGAAGACCAAGGAAAUGUUAAGCAAUGUGAAAUCAAUUACGUGAAGAAGUUUCAGAGUUUUCAAGACCGUAAACUAAAAGUAAGCCAAGAAGACAGCAAAGCUCUGAAAAAAGCUAGGAAAGAAGGCACCUUUCACGAGGCACUGUUGGACAGGAGAUCAAAAUUGAAAGCUGACAGAUACUGCAAAUAGU